CUCCCCCACAGCAGCUCUGCCUUGAUGAUAGCCACGAGGAAUCACACCCCCAAUGCUGACUUUGUCUUUGUGGGCUUCUCAGAGAAGAAGGAGGUCCAAGCUGCCCUUUUUGUGGUCUUCUUGGCCAUCUACCUGAUCAUGCUGCUGGGCAACCUGGUCACGCUGGUGCUGAUCGGCUGGGACGCCCAGCUCCACACCCCCAUGUACUUCUUCCUCAGCAGCUUGUCCUUCCUAGACAUCUGCUAUUCCUCCACCAUCACCCCCAGGAUGCUGUCAGACCUGCUGGCAGAAAGGAAGCUCAUCUCCUACUCGGAGUGCUUCACCCAGCUUUACUUCUACGCCGUCUUCAGCACCGCCGAGUGCUACCUCUUGGCUGCCAUGGCCUACGACCGCUACGUGGCCAUCUGCAGCCCCCUGCUCUACGCCACCUCCAUGUCCAGCAGGGUUUGUGUGCUGCUGGUGGGAGGCUCCUACCUGGCUGGCAUCCUCAACGCCUCCCUCCACGUGGCCGUGGCGCAGCGGCUCUCCUUCUGCGGCCCCAACCUCGUCGACCACUUCUACUGCGAGGGGCCCCCGCUGCAGGCUGUCUCCUGCUCAGACACCACCCUCAGCAAGAUGCUGAUGCUGGUGGUUGUUGGCUUCAACCUCUUCAUCACCAGCCUGACCAUCCUGGUCUCCUACGCCUACAUCCUGGCCACCAUCCUGCAGCUGCCCUCGGCGGCGAGGAAGCGCAAAGCCUUCUCCACCUGCACCUCCCACCUGGCCGUGGUGACCCUCUCCUACGGGUCCUUUGCCUUUGUGUACUUAGGAUCCAGGUCCAGGCACCCCCAGAAGCUUGACAAAGUGGCCUCAGUGUUCUACACCCUGCUGACCCCCACGCUGAACCCUCUCAUCUACAGCCUGAGGAACAAGGAGGUGAAGGCGGCGCUGGGGAGGGCGGUGCUGAGGACCCGUCCCGCUCGGACGUAG